AAGCUUCAGAAAUGCACCGGACUGUUUAUACACUAAUCUGUGUUUUGUAUGCGUUAGAUUCCAAAGUGCACGUUGAGGAGCGUGUUGAGUUGUGUGUGUGUGUGUGUGUGUAUGUGUGCGGUGUCGCUGCAGCCGGGCGGCCGCCAGUGCGAGUCCCCCCUGCCGGGGCCCCUGUGCAGUGCGGAUCCAGUAGUUGGAGUAGUUGUACAGAGAGACGCGAGGAGAGAGGAGCGCAGCAGCUGAGUGAACAAACAGAGACACGUUCGGUUGUUUCUGCGGAGACUCACACACUCACACUCACACAGACAGACACACACAGACAGACAGCGACCUGUCACUGCAGCCACCCCGGGAACCCGCAGCAGCUUCACGGGAGCCGGAGGAACGGACACACGGGGGAGAAAGCUCCGGGUUCUGGGUCCGGUGCGGUGCAGCCCGAGCCGCGGCAGCCGCCUUGCGAUCAACUCCCGAACGCGCUCGUCUCGGCGGGCAUGAGCUGAACCACCAGCCGCCGCCGACAUGGAGACUAAACCCUUCCUGUCACUGGGGUUCCUGAAGCCCCAGUGCUCAUUGGCCCCUCCCAUGCAGCGAGGUCGCUCGGGCGAGGCCUGUUCCUGCUUCAGCGGCAUGUGUCCCCUGCACCAGCGCCGCCUGUCCUCAGGUAACUCCUACUACUCCUCAGGCCAGAUGAGCUCCUCGCCCCUGGGCUCCCCCACGUCCCACCGAGGGAUGCACCCGUCCCUGCUCAGCCCGACCUCCAUGGGGCCCUCGGGCUCGCUGCACUCUCCCAUCAGCUCGCUGAGCUCGCCCAUGAACGGCAUGGCCUCGCCCUUCAGCGUCAUCAGCUCGCCCAUGGGCCCUCACUCCAUGAACUCGCCGGGCAUGGGCUACGGCCCCAGCGUCAGCCCCCAGGUGAGGCCUGUCACAGAUUCACACACACACACACACAUAAAGUACACACAAACAUAAACUACACACAGCAUG